GAAACGUGACAAUUGCUCAGUUUUCUAUUAUAUUUCUGAUUUUCUUCAGUACUUCAGCACAAUUGCUUUCGUCGUUAUCUCUUUCUUUAUCGUCCUGGGUUUUGGGUUCGUUUCUUUCUUAUCUUGGGAUUUAGGGUUUUCAUCAUGUGGUUGAUUAUGGCGAAAAUCUUGAGUUUUCAUCUUGGGUCAGAAUUUGUCUUGCGGCAGAGUGUAAUUGGAGUCCCUAUUGAGUUUACUUGAGAAGAGAAGCUUAUUGGUACACGGGUUUACCGUGCCAUAGUUCAUAUCCAACCAGAUUUCGCAUCUCUUUUCUUUUAAAUGUUCAGGGGGGAAAAAUUGGAAGCUGCUGUAUCCAAAACUGAACCAAUUGCUGUUAGUAUUGUUGAGGGUGGUGUUUAUCAGAUAUCAAACUUCCGGAUUAUUCCAUAUAGUGAUCCACAAAGAUACACAAGGAAUAGGUAUAAGAUUAUUUUCCAUAGUGGUACCAGAAUUGUCCCAUUUGAAGAUGAUCGAAUUCCUUUGCAUGGCUGGUCAUUCUUUGGCAUUGAGAAUAUUCUUAGAGUUGGUGAUAAUUUCGGUUACUUAGUGGAUGUUAUUGGAGUUCUAGCUGCUGUGUCAAAGGGGAAACUUGUGAUUAAGGACAAAAGAGUUUACAAGAGGAUGGUUAUUAAUAUUAUUGAUUUAACUGGUAUGUGUCAAUGUGUGGUGAAUGGUGAUGCUGUAGACAUUCUUUGUAAUUAUCUGUGUUUGGAUUGGGUAAAUAGGCCUACUAUUGGAUUGCGGUAUGUUGAGGUAAAGAAAGUUGAAGGAAAAAUUUUCCUGAAUUCUAUUCCUCAUGUGUCAAAGAUUUACCUCAAUCAUACUUAUCAUGAAGAUUGGGUAAUUGGUGAUAGAUUCUGUGGUCUUAAAUGUGAUGUUCCUGUUGAAUGUGUUGGAAGUUUUGAUCCCGAUGUUGAUAUUAAAGAUGACAUGCUCAAUUGUCAUGCAAAGACAUCUAUUUCUGAAUUGCUUAAGAUUAAAGAGCGAGGUGUUGCUGUUGUUAAAGCUUCUAUUAAUGCAUUUAUUAAUGAUUGUCCAUGGUCGUAUAACUCCUGCUGGUGUCACAUGGAAUUGCAAAAUGAGAAGGAUGUUUAUAGAUGUAAUCGAUGCUAUCGAGAUAUUGCUCAUGCAGUUCGCAGGUAUCGCAUUAAGUUGGAGGUCUUUGAUGGCUAUGACAACACCUUAUUUAUGCUUAACGAUUCUCAAGUAAAACAUAUUGUGGGCAUCCAAUGUGAGGAAUUAUUUGCUUUGAAUCAGGAUGAAGAGAAGAGCAGAUAUCCUAUUCAACUUGUGGAGAGUUUGUUGUGCAAAGAGUUGCUUUUUAAGGUUCGAACUGGGGGUGGGUUAACGUAUUAUGGUGAAGAGGUUUUUGAAGUCCUGAGGAUUUGUGAUGAUGUUGGUGUGAUAGCUAUGUUUAACCCAAUUGAUUCCUUUUCCACACCCCUGAAGGAUAAGUUCAUUCCGUCGUUCACGAAGUUUGGAGACUCUGCUGAUGGUAUAAAUAGUGAAGGCUUUCAGGCUGGUGUGUUGUAUGGGAGAAAAUCUGAUGAUUUUAGUAACAUUGCUGAAAUUUAUUCUUCAAGUUAUGGGGCUGAUUCUGGUAAUGCAUCCAUUAACCAAGUCAUUGCUCAUCGGCCUAUCAAAAGGAAACUAAUUCAUGAAUUUGAAGAUGAGGCUCAUGAUCGUGAUCAGGAAUUUGAAUAUGUUGACGAGUGUGUUCGGAGGAAAUUGUUUGAGAACUAUGAAUAUAGUACAGGAGGAGAAUGCAGUGGGAUUAAAUUGAAUGAUUCUGUAGUGAAAACUGUGGAAAAUUCAACAGAUGAAUUUAUGGGUAAUGGUUCGAAAAAGUAUAAUGUCAAUGUAAAUGAGGAGGAAACAUGGAUGCUGGUGAAGCCUGAUGUUCAUACUGAUGGGCACCUUCUUAAAAAAGUUUCCAGUGUUGAUGGAGAUCAUAAAAUGAUGGCCUAUGUGGGCAAUGGUCCAACCUAUGGUGAGACAAUCAAGCAUAAUGAGAUUAUUGAUUUGACCCUGUUGUCUGAUGAAGAUGAAGAGGUAUCUCAAAAGGAUUGUUGUCUGAAGAAAUCUGUUGAUAUUUCAGUGUCUUCCAUGAGUGAUAACUUUGUUAUUUUAGCUGAAGAUACUGACGAAGAUGUGGACUGCGUUGAAGUUAUCUAUCUGUCUGAGUAACUUGAAAGAUUUUGUAAUUGGGAAGAGUGCAUCUGGAUCUGCUAUUUUGGGUUUUAUGAAUAUUUUCCUCCCAAUUAUUAGUAUAUUUUGUGUUAGAUGUUAUUAAUGGUGGCUGAUCUUGUGUAGUUUAGGCUUCGUUUGGUUGGAGGGAGGGGAAAGGAAAGGGAAAGAAAACACGGAAAUCGAGGAGUGAAUUUGGACUAAGGUUUUUAGUCCAAAUUCACUCCUCGAUUUCCGUGUUUUCUUUCCCUUUCCCCUCCCUCCAACCAAACAUAGCAUUAUGUAUUUUGUAAAAGAUUUGACUUUCCCAGUAUGUCCUAUAUAAUUGUAGUAUGUAAUUUCAUAUAACUGGGUUUUAUGUUUCUUUGUAGCCACGUAACAUAUAAAAUUUUGUAUAUGAGAUGUUGUGAUUAGUAUUUCAUGUAUCUGAAAGAUCUUUAAUUUGGUGUUUUAUUGGAUUUGAAAUUCUUAUUAUUGA